AUGAUUUCUAAAAUAAAACAAUUCUUUAAUGACAAUACUGCUGAUUCAGCUAUUAAUAAACUCCUAUUGGCCUUGACUGAUCUUAAACUUAUAGUGAAUGACACUAACUUCAUCUCCCAACUUUAAAUCAGCAAUCGUCUUAAGCCAUUUUUUGCAAAUGAUCAAACAAAAAUAUUAUUUUUAAACUAAUUGUUACAGGUUGUAGGAGAUCACUUACAAUAACAAGAAAAAUUCUAUGUCAAACUCAAAAUGCUCCUUUUAGUUCAUAUAAUUAUCAGUUCUUAAGUAGCAAGAGCUGAUUUAUCGAAAAUGAUCAUCAAUACAAAAUUAACUAUAAACAUCAAAGCAAAUGAUGGAUCAGACAAUAUGAUUGGACUAUUGUGUCAAUCAUAUUAUUGCUAUAUUUACAAGUUGGCAUCCUAGACCACUUUAAUUAAUGAAGAUGUUGGUAAGCCUUAGGAUGAUUUAAUGAUUUACUUCACUCUUUCAAAUCAAUGCUAUAUUGGAAUGAAUAUGCAACGCUUGAUUGAAACAAUUAAUAAUGAACAAGUACCAAAUGAUAUAAUUGCUCAUUUAGUUAAGUUCUUGUAUUUUGAUAUAUAAGAUAUCUAUAUUUUCAUCUUGAAAGAUGUGAAGUACUUGAUUGAAAAGAACCCAAGCCUCAUUAUAAAUAAAUAGCAACUCUUAGAACUCUAUAAAGAAUGUUAAUCUUUACAAACAAGAAUGGUUAUUUUUUAUAAAUUCAAUCGCAUUUUCCCACAUUUUAGUUAAAUAAUGCCCCCACACUCCAUCUAGAUCAAAAAUGCAGUUUUAAAUUCUGUUUUAGAAGAAAAACAAACUCAAGCAUUUCCAAAAUCUAAUUAGAAUGAAAUACGAGAACCAUUGUCUGUAAAAAAUGCAGAUAAAAAAAUAUAAGAUUUUACAAGACCCUUAUCCCCUAAAGAAAAAUAUUGA